AAAACCGAAAGUAAAGAAGACGGAAAGUUGGUUAGGGAAAUCUUAAUUUAUCUCGACCAUCCUUAUUGAUUUUCUUUACUUCGGAUACAAGAAAGCGUUAUUAGACGUUUCGAAAGCUCUCAGUAUUCAUUUGCGUGAAGCAAAGUGCUCUAACAACAAGCUAUCAACCAAGAUAAAUUUGGAGUAUGGCAGAAACGAAAACGGAAACUGUGUUACCUACGACUAGAAAUGCAAAACCAGCAACAACUGAAAACUGGAAAGCAAACCUCAGUCUUCCCCCGAAGGAUAAUCGUAUCAAAACAACUGAUGUAACUUCAACUAAAGGAAAUGAAUUUGAAGAUUACUGCCUGAAACGAGAGUUGUUGAUGGGAAUUUUUGAGAAAGGAUAUGACACGCCUUCCCCAAUUCAAGAGRAGAGUAUACCAGUAGCACUAGCAGGUAGAGAUAUAUUGGCUAGGGCAAAAAAUGGCACAGGGAAGACAGCUGCCUAUUUAAUUCCAUUGUUAGAAAGAAUAGACUCUGGCAAGGAUGUCAUUCAAGCCCUGGUACUGGUACCUACGAGAGAACUUGCGCUUCAGACUUCACAGAUUUGCAAGGAACUUGGUAAACACUUGGGAGUAAAAGUUAUGGUUACUACAGGAGGAACAAGUUUGAAAGAUGACAUUAUGAGAAUUUACAAUAAAGUUCAUGUCAUUGUAGCAACCCCAGGCCGUAUCUUGGAUUUGAUGAGGAAAAAUUUGGCAGAUAUGAGCAAAUGUCAAAUGAUGGUAAUGGAUGAAGCUGACAAACUUCUGUCAAUGGACUUUAAAAACCUCUUGGAGGAUAUCAUCAAUAUCUUGCCAAGCAACAGGCAGAUUCUUUUAUACUCUGCUACAUUUCCUUUGACAGUCAAAGAAUUUAAAGAUAAACACCUAGUAAAGCCUUAUGAAAUUAACUUGAUGGAUGAACUAACUCUGUUUGGAGUAACCCAGUAUUAUGCAUAUGUCACAGAAAAACAGAAAGUGCAUUGCUUAAACACCCUCUUCAAGAAGCUCCAAAUUAAUCAGUCAAUCAUCUUUUGUAACUCAGUUAUGCGUGUGGAACUCCUAGCAAAAAAAAUAUUGAAACUUGGUUAUUCAUGCUUUUAUAUUCAUGCACGAAUGGCCCAAGCACACAGGAAUAAGGUAUUUCAUGAUUUCAGACAAGGACACUGCAGAAACUUAGUCUGCUCAGAUCUGUUCACUCGUGGCAUUGAUGUACAAUCUGUGAAUGUUGUUAUCAACUUUGACUUCCCCAAAAAUUCAGAAACAUACUUGCAUCGCAUUGGACGCUCAGGAAGGUUUGGUCAUCUUGGCCUUGCAGUUAACCUGGUGACAGAUGAUGACAGAUUUAACCUUUACCAAAUAGAACAAGAACUUGGAACAGAAAUCCAACCAAUCCCACCAAUCAUUGACAAGAAACUUUAUGUUGCCGAGUACCAGCAGCAACCAGAAGAAGAUGAAUGAAUCACAUUUUUUCACUGGUAGGGAACUUAAAGCUGAUUAGUCUAAAAUGAUGUGCGCUGUUAUCUUUUUUAUGUUUAUCGUUCAUCAAUACUUUUAUGGGUUUCAAAUUAAUCAUGACAUCAGUUGUGACAUGACCACAGUACAGCAUUACAGCUUUCAAAAUAACUGUUGUCCAUGUUCAUCAAUCAGAACGCAGCUCCAGUAAAUAAUAAAGGUUUCUAUCUGAGAUAUGCAAUGCAAGUGAAGAGCUUUGACAGUAAGGACAGGUUGUAUAGAGUUAACUCAUAAAAGAAAAUUUCAUUUGUAUUGUUUUGAAGUCUGUGCAAGCGUUCUUUGAUCAUUCCUGCAGACCAAUACAAGAUAUAAAAUGAUAAAAUGUCAAUAGAUCUUUUCCAAGAUGUGUGAGUAAUUUGAAAAGUAUAUGUAGUAUGGAAAAAAAAUACAAACCAAGUUUGAAAUUAUAUUAAUGAAGGAUGUCUUUGAAGGAAUACUUUGAGGUGUCUUUUAGUUUGGGAGCAGAAUUAUAACUUUCGAGAAAAUAUAAGUCAUUUCAGACAAAACCUCUUGGUCACGAGUUUUAGAAAUCUCCUAUAACUGUAUGGUUUCCAAAGGUUUCUUAUAAAUGUCUGCUAAUGAGAUAUUUAUGAAAGUGUGCUUGCAUGUCUUGGAAGAGUCAUCUAUUGACCCAAAUGGUCAUGUUACUACCAUAAUAUAUGUCACUUUACAUGAUCUCAUAUCUAUUAGUUCUAUUAGAAGCCACUUCUACUGUAACUGUACCUGAUUCAAGUUCUCUGCUAGUUAGUGCACAAAACUCUGUUUAUGGUGGGUGUAUUGUUUUUGGAUGUACAGAACAUCAACAAUUAAUAUGUACCACUUUCAAAUGUCAAAAUAGUCUAAGUGGUUCUUCUGAUAUUCAGAAGAUUGAUCCAACAUUGUGAGUUAGUUUUUUGUAUACUCUUCACCUCCAUUUUUCCUUUCCUUGCUGUCAUUGUGACUGAACUUGUUCUUCAUCUUUUGUCCAACAUAUGUGUAUGUGUUGUAAUAUUAGUGAGGUUAAAGUAAGUAUGGGGGGAGGGGGGAGGGGAGAGAGAGAUUGUCUUGCAGUUAUGGUCAAGCAUUAAUACAAACUGCCAAUCAACACUGCUACCCAGGAAAAUAGCAACAUCGCAUUUCAUCACUUAAAGACAACAAAUGUUGCCUAAAAUAGUGUUUUGAUGUUCUAUCUUAAAGUUCAUUGAAUAGCUGUUAGAAGUGGAUUUUUUUGUGUAGCAGUGGUUUUUUGUUGGAAAACACAGCCAAGUGUGGUGGGAAAGCUCUAGCUUGUACAAAUUGUAUAACAUACGUAUACAUAAUUUUAAUAUCCAUCCAACAUAUCAACCAUUACACCAAACAUGGAUUGAUGGCAUCUAGAGCAUUCUCACCCAACCUGAAAAGGUCUUGAUUAUUUAUUUGUCAUUCAAUUAUUGUACAUAUGUAGAUAUAAAAACAAAUUGUAAUUAGAAUAAAAAUUUAUUUUCUAAGGAAAACCGUUAGUUAGGAUUUGUAUGGUUCUAGAUGAGAUGCAGCUAAGGUGACUGUGUCAUGUCAGUGCAACACAAUAUUAGUCUUAUUAUAAGGUGGUCUGAUAUAUCACAGUUGUUUAAUACAUUAAACAAGGUGUAGAAGGAGAAAUAAGUAUUUACUGGAAAGAGGUUUUUGUAGCUGCCAGGAUUUGUUCCUGUGAGCAUAAGAGGCAGUUUCAGCUGCAAAUUUCUGUUCUACAUCUUGUUUUUCUAAACUCAUCUGGGGCAAACACACUAAACCUUUUAUUGAACUUUGAUAUACAUCUAUAGUAUUCUAAAAAAAGUUAUAUACCUCAGGGAAAACUGUAAGUAAUAAAAUACUUUACUGUGUGGGAAUAGAAUACCAAAGUGAUAAGGUCAAAAUUAUUUUUUAAGAACUUUAGGAUUUUGGUGRCAUAAGAAACUGCAAGUAAAGAUAUGAUAAACAGCUGAGAAUAUAGGUAAUUUAAUACAAAAAUAUCCCCAUAAAUUUUCUCCCAUUUGGUGCUGGAUCUAGUUUGGAUCCAGUGCAAAAUGAGAAAAAAUGUAUGGGAUUUGUAUUCUUUUCAAAUAUGAACAUUUWAAAACUGAAUUGCAAAAGUUAGACUAGGAUGACGUCACACUUUGCUAUUCUAUUCCUAGUAAUUAAGAGUGAUUUCAUUAAUUGACCUGUGAAACAAGAUCUAAACUCGUUAUGUAAUAUUCAAAUGUAGAGAUAUCAAAACAAUAGUAAUAUUCUAUUUCAUGAGCUAAAUAAAUCACUCUGAAAUCAAAGUUUUAUAAAGUGAUUUACGGUGUGAAAGUUACAACACUAAAAACGAGUGUUGUUGUUUUGUGGGUACAGAAUGCCCUUUUAGAAAUUAUUUUUCUACUGUUCAUUAACCUGCUGAAGACAUAAAAUGUCUGUGCAGUUUAAGUGUUAAAAACCAAGGAAGGAAUUCACAUGCAGAUUCUGAAACUUUUCUAUAUCAUAUAAUUAGUGUUGUUUUCAUAGUACUCRUGAGAAAAGCUUAUACUUUACUCUACAACAAAUAAUCCGUUACACUAAGGCCAUUUUCACACUAAGGGCAACUGUUAUUGAAUCUGUUCCUUGAGAUCAAUAUCAACACUGGUUUCAGUGAAACAAACAUGUUAGGUAGAACUAGUUCUGGUCACCUUUUAAAAGGAUAGCUUGAUCUAAAGUAAAACACCUCAUGUCUAGUUUAUACCAGUUGCAAGUGAACUAUGAGUUCUAGAUUAGUAGUGUGAACAUGGCUUAACUAUUUCUGCAUUUGGAUUCCAUGUUCAUUUUGAAUUUAACAGGUGUAGAUUUUUUUUUUUUUAAUCCAACAUUGAAUUCAUUUAUUUUUUCAGUCUAUAACUGUUUUAUUCAAAAUGGUAAACUACACGAAGUUGGAAGUGCUACAAUAUGUUGUAUCAGUGCUACAAUAUGUUGUAUAUAAGCAAGAAAAGACAAGCAUGCCAUAUAGUGUAAAGUGUAAGCACUAAAUCUGUGAAAAUGUACCAAAACUAAGUACUACAAAAUUAUUAUUAUUUAGCAAUUCGUAGUUCCAGAAAUUAUCCAUGCCCAAUCCACAGAGGAAUUUGGAAUUUCCAAAGGGUUGGGGGGUCAUAGAAAGAAAAGAAAUUACAGAGUUUGUAUGGGAGAAAUUUGGAAUAUCCAGGGAGAGGAGUAGGGGUCUUAAAAGAAAUUCCUCCCUGGGGGGGGGUUAUGGAUAAUUUCUGGAGCUACACAAUAAUUAGUAUUUUUUCAUGAGUUUAUUGCAUGCACUCRCUAGGCUGCACUUUGAAAAAUCAUUAAACCAGUAAUGUCAUGUCAGAGGACAUAGAUAUUGAAAUUGGUUGUCUUAUAUUUAACAACUACUAUAAGAUUCAGUCAUAAAUGAGUGUAGGUGAAAAUCCCUCAGGGGAURACCUACCAAUCACAAACAUCUUAAUGUCGUCUUUACACAGAUGACCUCCAGUUAAGAUUAAUUUUUCUUUCGAUAAUGRUCAGUUUAAUUUUAACUCAACCUAAACAUUGGAUUUUAUUGAAAUCAAAAGCCAAAAUUAACUGGUUUUGUAUAUUCUGUGAACUCGGUAGUUGCAAGCAGCAUGCUGAAAUUUAAUUUUCGCUGCCGUCAUUUGAGAAUAAUCAGUCGGUASUUUUUUAUUCUUGACUGGCAGCAGUGAAAAACCAAUUUUACAACAAGCCGGUGAAGUGUUGGAGUUUGCAGAAUAUUAAAAACCGCAGUAAGAUACUAGAGUGAUAUAUUAGAAAUGCAAAUUGUUUGUAACAUUGCUGUAGUAUUUUUUAGAUUCCAUUGUCAAACAGUUUGCUUUCUCUAGAAUCCACAAAACCAUUGCUUUGACAGAAAAUCUAUCACUAUUAGUCUUUUUUCAAUGUCAUAAGAACAAUGAAGGAUUUGCUCUUCUGUGAGCUAUGGCUUUAAAGUUGUUUUGAUGGCCAUUUUUUGUUCAUCUGUUAUCUAGACCCAGAACCACCAAGAUGGAGCUUGAACAUUUUGGAAAGGUUCAAGAACUCAUUUCCUUGAGUUCUUUUAAUGUCAUCUUGUUCAAUCAUGACAAAAAUUCAAGCACAUAACUUUAUGUACGUAACUUCAAAGUAAGGAUUGGUAAUAGCUAAGUAUAGGAUGUUCUUACUGUUUUUCUUUUGUAGUGUCCCAAUCAUGAGAACAUUUGGGUAAAGGGGCACUCAGAACAUCCUUAAUUUAGUUAAAUUACCCUGUUUCUUUCACUUCUUCGUAAAUUUUUUUUUUUGUGAACUGUUUUAAUAGACUUCAUAAGAGACAAGAAUGAUGUUGGAAACAAAAUAUUGUAUUCACUAUGUUUUAUACAGUAGUUUUAUUUUAAUACCAAGCUUUUGGCCAUGUUGGCCAACAGGGCUAUGAUGUAUGCUUGGCAGCUGUUAUUAAAUGUAGUGAAUCAGUAUUUUGUUUACAAUAUCCAUAAAAUUUGUGGUAGAAUCUGAUCCUAUUGUUGUCAUACAAUUUUUAUGUACCUGUAAUAGAUGAUUUGUGUCAUGGGGGAAGUAAAAACAUUCUACAUCGCUAUAGCAGCACAGCAAUCCUUUUUGAAAUUGCCCAUUUUAAAAGUUUUUCUUCAAGUGUAAUAAUGAACCUGUUCAAUUACAUAAUUUAUUARCAAUUAUUUGUUGCUAAUUAGUUAGACUGUAUAGUGACAGGUAUAUUGGAUUAAUUUGUUAAAAUCUGUAAUUUAUUUAGUUGUAAAAUGCUUUCACUGCCAUUUUCCCGGCAUCUGAUAGUGUUUGCCUGUAUACUGCACCCUUAAUUAACUUUUGUUAUUCAAGAUAUACCAUACAAAACCAAGAUUACAAAGGAACUCAAAGCAGUUCAUAUCAGGCAUUUCAGACUAAAAGAGUAGAAGUUUGACCCAAAAUCCAUGGAUUAAGGGACCUGAUGCCCAUUGUCAUUGUUAUUUGUUUGUUUGGAUUUUAUGUUAAUACUGUUCAUAGUUGACUCUUUCAUGAUGAAAGGCUGCUCUUGAAGCAUGGUUUUUUCUUGAUAAGAUACAGCCUAUCUUGCUAAUAUCAGUUGAAUGGCAUCAUGAUAUGCUUUGGUCAUUGCAUUAGUUUAACUAUGAAUAUAGAGACUUAAAACAAUUUAGUUGAUGAUAAAUUCAGUGAAACAUUAUCUUGAACACAAAAGUUUCUCCCACUAUUUGUGAAAAGUACCAUGCCAUUCCUUACUUCCUUCUUUAAGAAUCCAUUAUUUUGAUUUCCACUGUUUUCAUGGCAGUAUGCACUUAUUGAGACAACCAUCACAACAUGGAAAUAGGGAAUAUACUACCAUCAGUGAAACAAAUCAUUAGAAUACAUAAGGGGACAUGGGGACUGUUGGAAGGUACACUGGAAGGUACUACUCUAGAGGUUUAUUUGAUAAGUCUAUUGCCCUAUUUCCCUGUAGGGACUGCGGUAAAACAGCACCUAGUAAUGAAACGAUGGUAAACAACUAAUACAUUAAUCAAAAAGUACGAACUUGGGUUGUUGGAAAUUUGAAUGACGAAAACCAGAACCCAGACAUCUUGGUGUAAUUAUAGCUAGUUGUCUGGGUCACACACUUAAAUAGAUAAAACAUCUCUUUUUUGCCUAUAGCCUUGAAAUUUGGAGAGAACAGAGGUGGUUUAACAAAGAGUACUUUGUUGAAGAUUAUGUAGCAUUUAUAUCUCAUAUAGCUGUAUAUUGGCCAUGUAAUUAGCAUGAUUAUACUUCACUCCUGAAUAGAAGUAGUAUAACUAGUGACUAACAGUCCAAGUAAAACGAAAGAAAACUAUGGAAUUCAUGUUUACUACGUGUUAUGUGACUUUCAUGAGCAAAGUAAAAUCACUCUAAAAAAUUGUCACUGUCCUUGACAAGUGCUUGUCAUGAGUACAUUUUCUACAUCAUUGGUCUGAUUUCCAUUAUUUUUACCUGUAGUUAAUAUUGUCUACAUAAACCUUGACAACCCCCAAGAUAAAGAUUCACAAUAAAGUCUCAGAAGAGAUAAAAGGUU